UAAGUUGGUAUAUGAAAAGCGUUUCUUUUCUUAUACUCUUCUUUUUCACUAUUGUUCUCAUUUUUGAAAGCGUGCACGUGCAAAUAUUGUUUGACUUGCUUAUUAAUGUAGACUCAACUAAUUAUAAUUAUGUGUUGAUUAAUCGAUGGUAAAGAGAAUGAUGAAGACUUUAUUGAAGAUUUUGAAAGUAUCUAAGGAGGCGGAGUGAAAGAAGUUGGAGGAGAAGAAAGAAGGCGGAGGUUGAGAAAGAAGAGUAGGAGUAGAUCCCUGAGGGCGACUUAUUUUAUUUGAGUCUGACACUUGGACGCGAACGCGCGCACACCGGAAGUACACUCGUGAAAGAUUUUAAACUUAUUACUUCUAGCAUUCAAUCAGUUACUUGCAUAAAUCAAGAGUCAUCUGUCUUCGCAGGAGUUGAAUCAGCAAAUUGGAAAGUGUAGAAAUUAAUCAGGAGAAUGUUGUCUUUCGUCAUAAAUAAAAAGAAAGGUCAAACCUUUAUAGUUUUUAUAAAAAUGCAUAUAUGCAAGUUACGACAUUUCUACCCCAAUAGUGUUUUGAAAUGCAAAUAUGAUGUUUCUAGAUUCCCUGUCAAUAAUUGAUUCAACUUUAUUACAAAUAGAUUAGAAAAAAUGAUGGAGUCCGUUUAAGCAGACUGCAGUACGGUGAAUCUUUAAGAUGUUUAUUAAAGAUAAAUAAAUAACGGCAGGUAUUCUUCAAUAAAGUGGUUACAAGUUCGUUUAGCAGAAAAUGUGAAAUGUAUUUCAGUGUUGCUUAUCAUCAAUUUUAUCAUUACCGUCAAUGUUUUAGUGAAAGCGAAGAUAACACCAAUGCAAAAUUCAAUUGUAUUUUUUAAAUAUUUCUAGACACGAAUUUUGAACAAGGUACCAAAGAAUUUCACAAAGUUUAAUCCUGAAUUACAAAAGACUAUUCACAAGUUAAGAAUAAAAAUAUUGUGAUGAAAGCAAUGAACGUACAUAACUUACGAUUAAAAGUCGUGAAAAUGCUUCUGGCAGAAGAAAGCUUAGUGGAAAUAAUUGAUAUUUGGUGCUUUGCUGGCAGUCGUAGCCGACUGUUUCUGGAUUAAUUUCAAUAUCUCUCGAAAGGACGGAUGCACCCGCUGAAUUACGCCAAGCCUCUCUCGAACUUGUCGAACGUCAAAGUCGGUACGCCGGUGCCUCUAGCAAGGAGAAGUACAUACUCGACGCGUGCCAGUCCUCUGAUCAGAGAGACCGCUCGGUUGUGUGAUGCAAGUCUAAGAAGAGUAUAUAGGAGAUUAAAAAAAGCAAGCAGAGGCGAAAGGAGAGAAGUGGAAAUAGUGAAAAGGGGUAGAACGUCAGCAAGAAUAAGCAGAGAUAUCUUGAACGAAGGGUCUUUCCAUUUGGGUGUUAGGGGUACGCAGUCCCCUGGCCAAAACAAGGGGAUGUUACAACGUCGACUUGUUUUUCAAAGUGGACAAACUGUGUAUUGAGGAGGAGCGCCCACGAGGAGACAAGUUGAGGCAAUGACAGAAUGCCUCCGUUUCUAUUCCAACGGCAAGUUCCAAAAGGACUAGAACAAACACAUAUCAUUACCAAUUACAUUUCUGCCAUUUUUCUAAUUACAAUCUUCUUUAAUCAUUAUCGAGUGACAUGCAUCAUAAGUAAUUCUAUGGAUGAAUGGAUGAGUGGAAACUCUGUAGUAUGUAAUGGAAUACCAGGUUUAACUAAGGAACAGCGAGAGCUAUGUCAUAAAAAGCCGGACGUAACAGGUGCUGCUGUUAAAGGUCUGCAGAUGGCUAUAUCCGAAUGCCAGCAUCAGUUUAUGUGGCACAGGUGGAAUUGUUCCUCACUUACGCCUAGCAGCAGAACACAACAAAGUAGCGUUCUACUUCAACGAGGAUACAAGGAAACUGCUUUUGCUUAUGCUAUUUCAGCAGCCGGAAUAGCCCACAGUGUAGCUCGUGCUUGUAGUAUGGGGCGCUUAUUAUCCUGUGGUUGCGAUCCAUCAAGUUACAAAGGAAAACCAAUUACCAAAGAUAGAAAUAUUCAGUGGAAAUGGGGUGGUUGUUCUCACAAUGUUGAAUAUGGAAUGGACUAUUCAAAACAAUUCCUAGAUUCAAUAGAAAAAGCUGGAGAUAUUCAAUCUACUGUUAAUUUACAUAAUAAUCGAGCUGGCAGAUUAGCCGUUGCAAAUACAAUGCAGGUUCGAUGCAAGUGCCACGGUAUGUCGGGUUCUUGUGAAUUAAAAACCUGUUGGAAGGUAGCAUCAGAAUUUCGAGUUGUAGGCAAAACUCUAAAGGAUCGUUUUAGAAAAGCUAUACUUGUUUCGCAAAGUAAUUUGGGUAGUAUAACUCCCUUAACGAAAACUAGAGGCUCUCGACGUAGAAGACCAAUACGCCAAAAACAUCGAAAGCGACCAAAUAAAAUAGGAGAGCGAAAAAUAAAAGUUCGCGAUUUAUCUAAGCAAUUGUUCUACUAUCAAAGAUCUCCAAAUUUUUGUGAAAAGGAUCAAACUGCUGAUAUUGCUGGUACAACAGGGCGUAGAUGUAAUAGGACAAGCUCAGCUGGGGACGGAUGUGCUUCUUUGUGUUGUGGUAGAGGUUACAAUGUUGUGCGACAGCGCAGAAUUGAAAAGUGUCGCUGCAAAUUCUAUUGGUGUUGUUUCGUUCAAUGUCAAAAUUGUACAAUUGAAGAGUGGAUUACAGUUUGUAAGUGAAUUUCUGUCACAUAGAUGAACAUUUAAGCAGAUAAAUUGUGCGUUUGUAAUCGAAUUAUAUAAAUCUCAUUUUUAAUGUUAUAUUCUUUAAAUCAAAAAAAAAGAAAUUUCAAUUACACACAGAGAAAUCUUUUAUUUGCGUUUAUCUGAGAUAAAUAAAAUUUAUUUGAAUUAAAUAAAAAUAUACUUGACCUUGAGACAAAUAUACAUAUUUCUCUGGGUGUAUACGUGAAAAUUUAAAAUAGUAUAAAUACAUUUUCUUAUAUGUAUAUUACAUUUGACAUAAUUUUUUAAUUCAAUUUUUGUUUUCAAGGACCUUAAUUAGUGAUCUAAACAAAUUCUCACAAUAUUCAUGAAAAUAUUACAUGGGAAAUUUGAUUCAUAAAUAUUCAGAAACUUUAAAUCUUAGUCCGGGAUACGAAAGAAAUUCGAUGACACAUUUAAACGUAAAUAAAUAAAAAGCUAUUACCAUCUUAGGAAUUUAGAAACAUAGCUCCUGAAAAAUAAGAACCAUUUUUUUUGUAAAAAUAGAAAUUAAAGAAUUAAUUUUUGUUGCAAUCGAAUCAUUGAAAAUGUUUUAACUCUGUAACACAUUCAUCAUUUUUAUCUUCCCUAUUCCACGUUUUUCACACAAACCAUCGCACUUUUCAUUCGUAUAAUAAAGAUUGUACACACAAUUUUGUGUUAGAGUCCCGUAACUUAUGAGGAAGAGUUGCGUAUGGAAAUUAUAAGAAAUAAUGCCAAAAUAGCUUCCUUAGAUUGUAGUAGAGAGAAAUAUAGUUCUAAUCAGCGUUCACAUUUUAUUUGUUUAAAACGAAUGCCCACAUAACACGAUCUUUUCAGGAAGGUUGCCGUAAAUUUACUGGAGACUUGCUAAACAUAUUAAAAUGUCCCCAUCAGUGCAGCAAUUUUUAUAAUAAUAUUUUUUGAAAAAUGUGCUGUUAUGUGGGCGAAUACCAUGAAAGAGAUUAUGAGUAUAGCAAUGCUGCUAAGAUAAAGCAUGUUUUGCUGUUUAGCAAAUACAAAUUGAAAAAAUUUCAAUGAAAGUAAUCUCAAUAUAUUGACUAUUAUAUUUUUUUAUUAAAAGUUUUAUAAAUUUUUCUUUAUGUUUAUCCUUGUAGGAUUUUUACAUUUUUUUAACCCUCUCUUUUUCUUCCUUUGACCUUAACCAUAUAUAAUCCCUUUGGAACCUACAAAUCUCGACUGCACGCCGACUUUAGUUAGAAGUACCAACCGUAAUGGAGACCAGGAACAGUCGAUACAAUUUUGAGAAAAUCUCCUGCAGUGAUUAGAGUUUAACUCUUAUUUGAUUGGCAAAGUGAUUAAAUUAUAUUUGUAUUAUCUAGUUUUGAAAGGACAUAAUUCUUUUAGCUCUACAUAUAUUAUUUAAAUAACUAGAAGCAUUUAAGUGAUCCCUUGUAAAUUGUUUCAACUGCCUCUAUGCCAGGGUCAGUUGAAGCAGUGACGGGAAUCCUCUAAAUAGAUGUAAAAUAAUUUUUUUUAAAUCACA